AUAAAUUACAAAAAGUCAGUAAAUUUGAUGUGUGUUUUGAGGGUAUUUUGUGAAAAUUAACAAUGUUUGAAGAGCAAUUAACAGGAUUUUUGGGGCACGCACUUCUUCAGUUGAUCAGCGUAUUGUCAUAUUAUAAUUAUGAGCUGGCGACAAAUCAACAUUUUCCAGAUGACUUUGGUCCAAUGCUGAUAGAAAAUCCAAAACAAAAUUUCGAUUUUAUAAUAAUUGGAGCCGGAACUUCGGGUUGUCUCAUAGCAAACAGAUUGUCAGAGGUGAAAGAAUGGAACGUACUAUUGUUGGAGGCGGGCACAGACCCAACUAGUACUGUAGAGGUGCCAACAUUCUUUGACCGCUUAAAAAUGUCCGAAGAGGAUUGGAAAUUUAGUACAACUAAAGAGAAAAACGCGUGCUUGGGAAUGUUGGAUACCAGAUGCAGAUUGGUGGCUGGGAAGAUGCUGGGUGGAGAUACGGGUAUUAGCCCGAUGCAUUACGAGAGAGCUUUUCCCGAAGAUUUUACAUGUUUCAACGAAUCCAUAACUUACGAAGAAGCUUUGGUACAUUACAAUAACAUUGAGAACUUUGUGGGUAUUGAUAAUGUGAGGGAACUUGGUACAGGCGGUGAUUUAACAAUAAGCAAGUUCGGCAAUGAAGAGCACGUAAGGCAGCUCAUUUACAAUGCCGCCGAAGAAUUGGAGUACACGAAAAUAUCAGCAGCGUUGCAGAAUUUGGGAUACUACGAUGUCGAUGGUUACAUCAAAUCCGGGUCUAGGAAUCACUUUGCAAAAGCGUUCUUGGACACCACCAGGAACAGAAAGAAUCUUUUUGUGGUGAGAAACGCCCUGGUUACCAAAAUCAUUGGCGAUGAGAUCGAUAACCGUGUUCGUGGCGUCGAGGUUUACGUGGGUAAAACGAAAUUGAUCGUGAAAUCGCGCAUCGAAGUAAUUCUCUCGGCCGGACCCAUUAAUUCAGCUAAACUUUUGCUAUUAAGCGGCUUCGGGCCGAAGGAACAGCUGAAAUAUUUCAAUAUACCUCUGAAGGCGAACAUCGCCGUUGGAAAAAAUAUGCAGGAUCAUAUAGCCGUUCCCAUUUUCAUUAAGGUGAACAGCUCCACGGCAAACGAAACGGACUUUGCUGAUGCUACCUACCAAUUCCUGAAGUUACGUAAAGGACCGUUCACGCAGAUUAACAUACACGACUUGGUCGGCAGCAUAAACACAUGUCCAUAUCCCUCAUCCAGAGGAAACAUCAAAAUUUAUCAUUAUCACUUUUUUGAAAGUGAUGGACUUCUAAGACCGUACUUAGAACAUCGAGGAUUCGUGGGGAAAAUCAUGAAGUCCAUCAUUAAAGCAAACACCCAAUCUCAGCUGCUGGUAAUGAUUCCAACGCUGGUAUUACCAAAAUCUGUUGGUGAAGUUACGCUGCAGAGUCCUUGUCCUUUUGACGCACCAAAAAUACAAGGCAAUUAUUUAUCCGAAGAAGACGACUUGGAAUCGCUAACUUGUGCCUUCGUCUUCGUGGAAAGAUUGUUGAAAACUAAAGCGUUAUCUGAAAUAGAUGCUAACUUUCUACAUGUUGAUAUACCCAACUGCAGAAGCUACAAAGUCGGAACUUUGGGUUACAUUAAAUGCUACAUUGAGAACAUGGGAAUGCCGCUUUCGCAUAUUUCCGGUACGGUUCAGUACGGUAAUUGCAGCAAUUGCGAUGCUUGCGUCGAUGAUAAAAUGAGGAUUAGGGGUAUCAGGCAUUUGCGAGUCGUGGAUGCAAGUGUAAUUCCAAAAAGUAUUUCUCAGAGUUUAGAAGCUACUGUAGCUAUGUUGGCAGAUAGAGCAGCUGCAGAUAUUUUAAGAACUUGGGGAAAAUGAAUUACAUCACAUCGCAUUUCUUUUAACAAAUUUUCUGUAAUUUGAAAUCAAUUUUAUAAAAACGUAU